AUGGGAAAUCGUGUGCUCGAUCACAUUAUUUUGGAAGUGAAGUCGGCAAAAUAUUUCUCGGUUUCUGUAGAUUCAACCCCAGAUGUAUCUCACGUUGAUCAGCUCACCUUCAUUCUACGGUACGUUUUGCCAUCGGGUCCUGUUGAACGGUUUGUUACCUUCCUGGACAUGCAAGGUCACAGUGGGCGGGAACUAGCGGAAAGCUUGCUUAAAUUCUUGAGAACACAUGGCAUUGGUAUAACAAACUGCCGAGGUCAGUCAUAUGACAACGCGAGCAACAUGAGUGGUAAGUAUAAUGGCAUGCAGGCCAUUAUCCGACAACAUUGUGAGAUGGCUCAUUAUGUACCCUGCGCUGCACAUUCUCUUAACUUGGUUGGUCAAUCUGCAGCAGGUUGCUGUCUGGCAGCCAUUGCCUUCUUCAAAUUUCUUCAAGGAUUGUAUUCCUUUUUUUCUGCUUCAAUGCAUCGCUGGAAAGUUCUAAAUGAUAAACUUGAAAGCAUAAGCCUUCCAACUCUCAAACGCAUGUCUGAUACUCGCUGGUCCGCACGCGCAGAUGCGACAAAAGCACUAGUGGACGGAUAUGAUGAAAUUUGCGAUGCCUUGGCGGAACUUGCUGACGACGUUGAACAGAAAGCUGACGCCCGGGAAGAAGCCAGUGGUUUUAUGUCGACAAAAUGA